CACAUGUCCUCUCGGCGCUUUUAAACGAGAAGCUGAAGUCCAGCAGUUCAUCGCCGCGUCUAGAAUCCACCUGCUACACGGAUAAUGCGGCGCUUUGCGGCGGCGGCGUCUUCUGCAUCCUGUGCGCGUUCACCGAGCCUUCGCGCGUGCACAAGCGAUGAAUUUUCCCGGCCACCGGCGCAUGGCAGCGUGCGCGUUCCCGACAGGCAACGACAAUAUGGCGGCGGCCGCCGGAUCGGGCGUGAAGGUUCCUCGUAACUUCCGGCUGCUGGAGGAGUUGGAGGAAGGGCAGAAGGGCGUGGGGGAUGGGACAGUGAGCUGGGGGCUGGAGGACGACGAAGACAUGACCCUGACGCGCUGGAGGGGGAUGAUCAUCGGGCCGCCCAGGACAAUCUACGAGAACAGGAUGUACAGCCUAAAAGUGGAAUGUGGGCCCAGAUACCCCGAGACACCUCCCUUUGUCAGAUUUGUGACCAAGAUUAAUCUGAACGGUGUGCACAACUCCAGUGGUGUGGUGGACACACGGGCCGUGUCUGCCUUGGCCAAGUGGCAGAACUCCUACAGCAUCCGAGUGGUCCUGCAGGAGCUGCGGAGGCUCAUGAUGUGCAAGGAGAACAUGAAGCUGCCCCAGCCGCCCGAGGGCCAGGUCUACAGCAACUGAUCGCCGGCUUCCUGGCGUUUCCCGCUCCGCCGGCCCGCUCCCCCUCCCCUGCCUCCCUGCUCCCCCCUGGCAACUGGCCGCGACGCCUACCCCUCUCUCUGACUCUGAAGGACACCCCUCUCCUCCCCAGAGCUCUCGCUGGAAAGAGGGACACAUGCCUGCCAUCAACAAUCAGACUCCACAGCACAGCCCCUUCAAAUACUGUACAUCUUACUAAUCUUUUUUUUUUUAAUUCUAUGUUUAUUAUAAUUAUUAUUUGUUAUAAAUGCAGGUUGUAAAAUAACAUAAAUCUUGUUACUGUGUGUCAUAUCGCGUGUCUGCUGUAUUUGUCCUCAGAAUGCCACAAUCUGUUCCUGUCACGCUGGUUUACUGCCAGUGAAGGCAACGGAGGUACAGCUGGGUCAGGUGGGGGUUACGGUAUUUUGCGCACCAAGUAAUUUGAAAAUGCUAUUUAUAUCUGGACUUGGGCCUCGCUUGCAAAGACUUGUAAAGAGAGGAGUCUCUUUCACAGGCUCUUGGAUAAUUCAACUGAGUCCAUAAUUCAAGGGAACGUGACUGCAGUCGUAGAAAAAUGUUUUUUUUCUUACUGGUGUAUAUUUAAACCUCAGAAAUUGGAUGUCUUUGCCUGCUUAAAUUAGAAGAAUAAAAACUAAAUUCUAAAUUGUGCAUCCCAACUCCCCCCCUCCCUUCCCCCAGAACCAGUAAAAUUUUAUUCUUUUUUUAA